GGAGAUUAAUUGAAAGUUGUUACUAAUUUUUUCAACUAACAAUAAAGGUGCUGACACCAAUGCAACCAUAAAUUUGUUUUCUUCUAAUAAUGUGGAUGUUCCUGCCAGGACUAUAUCAUGGCCUAAUAACUACAUUAGGGACUCCAUGUGUGAUUGCGUUUUUGAUAUAUAAAUGGCGUAGAAGGCAUGUAUCUAUGUAUGAUGCUGUAGAAGAAUUUUUGCAAGCCAACAACAACCUCAUGCCAAUAAGGUACUCUUAUUUAGAAAUUAAGAAGAUGACCAAAAGUUUCAAGGACAAAGUGGGUGAAGGAGGCUAUGGCACUGUAUAUAAAGGAACGCUCCGAAGUGGCCGUCUUGUAGCUAUAAAGAUGUUAGGUAAAUCCAAAGCUAAUGGACAAGACUUUAUAAACGAAGUUGCAACUAUUGGAAGAAUUCACCAUGUUAAUGUAGUGCAACUUAUCGGUUUUUGCGUUCAAGGGUCAAGCAGGGCUCUUGUAUAUGAAUUCAUGCCUAAAGGGUCUCUGAAUAAGUACAUUUUUUUGCCAGAAGAAAGUAUUGUCCUAAGCUACAAGAAAAUAUAUGAUAUUGCUAUAGGAGUUGCGCGUGGGAUUGAAUAUUUACAUCAAGGAUGUGACAUGCAAAUUUUGCAUUUUGAUAUUAAGCCUCACAACAUUCUUCUUGAUGAGAAUUUUACUCCUAAAAUUUCGGACUUUGGCCUGGCAAAACUAUAUCCUGUAGAUAAUAGCAUUGUUUCUUUGACUGCAGCCAGAGGGACAUUAGGAUAUAUGGCUCCUGAAUUAUUCUACAAAAAUAUUGGAGGUGUCUCCUACAAAUCUGAUGUUUAUAGUUUUGGAAUGUUAUUGAUGGAAAUGGCGAGCAGAAGAAAGAACAUAAAUUCAUUUGUAGAGCAUUCAAGCCAAAUUUAUUUUCCUACUUGGGUCUAUGACCAAUUGCAUAACGGAAAGGACAUAGAAAUGGAAUAUGCCACAGAGGACGAAAAGGAAAUGAUUAAGAAGAUGAUCAUAGUGGCAUUAUGGUGCAUACAAAUGAAGCCCAGUGAUCGCCCUUCAAUGAGCAAUGUCUUAGAAAUGCUUGAAGGAGAAGUUGAAUGCUUACAAAUGCCUCCAAUGCCCACCAUGUCAUCGCCAGAGAGACCUAUGAUGAAUGCAGGAGAGAAUUCGAAUCAAAGUUGCUCGUCAAUUCAAUCAGAUGAAUCAAAUCAAUCAACUCAAUUUUAAAUGCAAAUUAAUUGAUAUGUUAGUCUUCUGAAUAAUUAGUUUUCUAUUGUGUAUUUAAUAGCACAAAGACAGUUGAUAUUUAUGUUUAGCAAAUAAGAAUUACUUUGAUU